AUGAGCCGAUUAGUAGGGAAAUGAAGAGCAGGAGGAGGUUCAGCUUCAUUUUAGGAAUGGCAGGAGAGCUUACGUUUCGAAUUAUUAUUGAAAGAAAGCGUGGAAGGAAUUUUCCAUUGAAACAAUUAGCAAAAUCCUAGCCGAACAAUAAGUUUUUCAUUAUUAUUUAUAUUUUAUCAUAGUCUGUGUGCCAAGACUUGGAAUUUCACCGAACGACAUUCCGCUGUUCCGCUGUGCGCUUUUAGUUUUUCAUUUUGUUCAAGAACUCGACCAAUUUUGAAAGAAAAUAUUGGCCAUUCCGCGCUAGCUUGUCACGUUUUUUUUUCGCCAAAAGGCCAGGUCAAAUUUAACCAACUUUCGCUUCAAGACCUUCGUUUUUUGCCGUUAUAAAAGCAGAAAUUUGAUCUUAUUUGGUAUACGGUCUUUUUGGCGGAAAGAAAAACGAGAAAAGCUGGCGCGGAAUAGGCUAUAGAAUUUUUUCAAAAAUAUUUCGACCAACUUUGGCGGCUAAUUCAUUUUGGGUAAAAGCAGAGCUUACGUUUUAAGUUAUAAUUAAAAGAAAACGUAGUUGUACUUUUCACUUUCUAAAAAGGGAAGCUUUUAAACGAACGAAUUUCGUUUCAAAAAUAUUUUGACCACAAAGAGGAAUUUUAUCAAACAUUGAACUUUGUUCAACCUCUUAGAAGUUUUUGAACCAACGAAUUCAACAUUAUUUCGAAAUGAGAAAGUUGAUUUCAGCCGGAAAUCGGUCAGAAUAUCGUGACGACGGCCUUGAACCAGCUCUAUCCCCCGGGAUUCCCCAAGAAACUCCUCACCUCGGCCCAUUGUGCUCUCUUCGCAUGUGCCCUUCAGAGCAAAGACAUCCAGGGAGCCCUUCCGUUCAUUCCCGACGAUCUGGAUGGAAUCUGCCAUGAGGUUUGCUUUUUUUUUUGUCGGAAAGGAUCCAUGACUGUUUGAGGGAAUUUUUCAGAGUUUUUCGGACAAGAACUGUAAAAUAAUUUCUCGUAGAACUUUCUGAGAAAAGAAAUAUUCAUAAAUAGACUUUUUUGGUUUUAUCUGUUUGAGUUUUGCCAUGACGAUUUGGAUAGAAUUUGCCAUAAAGUUUGCUUUUUUUGUCAGAUUAAUUAAGAAAAAAAGUUAGUGGGAAAGAUUCUAUGAGGAUUUAUGGACGAAAAUAAAAGAAAUUUUGGAGAACAAAAAGUUUCUGAGGUGUUUCAUUUUUUUGGAGCUUUGCCAUUUAUUUCGGACUUUUCAGAAGAAAUUUGCCAUCAAGUUUGUUUCUAAUAAUUAUAUUGGGGAAGAAAAAAGCUAGUCGAAACUUUUUUUCUCGUUGUUAACAUCUCCUUAGCUUAAAAAAAUGUGACUUUCUCGUUUUUGUGAUAAGUUUUUGAUAAGACAGCCCUUUUCCUGAGUUUAUUGAAUUCGGAACUUGCCCAUGGAAAAAUCAAAAAAAUGUUUCAUUAAAUUAUAAAAAGAUGAUUUUUUUCAAAUGAGGAUUCCAAACAUGGGCAGACCAUUUUCUAACUUUUUCCACCCGAACCUUUAAUCAAAAGAAUCACUUCCUCCUGUAGGAUUUUAUUGCAAAAAUUGUGCUUUCACUCGUUAUUUCGGUUAAUUUUUAAGUCCCUUUCCCCGUACUAAUUUUUUUGGGGAACUUGCUCUUUUAUGGAAAUUUUUCGUUGAAAUUGGUGAUUUUCCAGUACGUGGAGGGCGGAAACGAGCCCACGUCGGCUCUGGAAUCCCAGCCGUCGUCUUCCGGAACGUCGACGUCGCCGGCCUCGGGCGUCCAACCGCGAAAAGUCCGCUCAGGCCCCCAAUAUGUAGGGUCGAUAGCGCCGCCGCCGAUCCGUCUCGAAAGCAAAUGGGUCGUCUUGUACCUCUACCAGGCCGCCUUGGUUCUCAUCGAAGCGGUUGGCAAUGACAAGAAUAUGAUGCAAAAGUCUCUUGAACCUUCAGAACGACUUCCAAAAAGCCCUGAUCCUCUUGGAAUGUCUCAUCGGCCUCGCCACCAACGUUAUCAGCGAGUACCAGUUGGAAGCCAGUAAAAAGUUGGUUUUUUCAGAGAUGAGUGAAAAAAGGGAUAAUUAUGUGAUAAAAAUGACAAAAUUUACAUGGAGAAGGUUAAAGAAAAAUUCCAGAAUCGCCCUCCACACGGUUAUAGCCCCACCAAGGCAAACUUGGGCUGGUGGGAGGUGAAAUCAAAGACAUUUUGGUGGGGUACUAAAUCAAAUGUGGGGGCACUUCUUGAUGGUGUCCAAAGAAGGAGCUGUAAUGGAAGAGUUUUUCAGCCUUUUUUUCAAUAGAUUUUUUUGCCGAAUCAUUGCAAAAUUUGUUUAGAAAGCUUCAAAAAAAGAAUUUUUUUGCGUCCUGUUAUAAAGAUCCAUCUAGUAUGUAACCAUUAAAGAAGCUCAUAAUGGAAAGAAUUUUUUUCAGCCUUAUUUUUUUUUUGAAGUUUUUUUAAUCGGUUUUUUUAACCAAAAAAAUUGUGUCAAAGCUGUCUAGAAAACUGAGAAAAGAAGGCUUCUUCUCGAUUUUCUAUUUCGAAGACACUUCUUGGAGUGAUCUAUUCGAUAAAAUGCCUAUGGAACCAUUUUUCAACCCCAAUUUUGUGUUUUUAGUGAGAAUUCUCCCAAGAAGUUAUAUUAUUAAAAGAUCAACGAAUAUUUUUAAUUUUUAUUCCAGACUUUUUUUAUUUCAGUUUUUUUGACAAAUCGUUGCAAGUUUUCGGAAAGAAAAUCCUUGAAAAGGAACUCUUAUUCAAUUUCCCAUUUGACGACGUUUCUUGGUGGUUUCUAAUGAAGGAGUUUUAAUGGAAUAGUUUUUACCCUUUUUCCGAUUUUUUUUUGCCAAACUCAUGCAAAAUAUGUAGAAAGCUUCUGGAAGAAGCUCUUAUACAAUGUCCUAUUUUAAAGACACAUCCUGGUAUCACUCCUGGUGUACGGCCACUCGACGGAGGUCUCUGAGAAGUCUCCGGCCGUCGUUCGACUGACAAAGACCCGCCUCGGAGACUACAACAACCUGUGUCAAGUCACCUUCUCCCGGAAGAAGGACACCGCCGCCGAAGUCCACAGCAUCAUGCAGAAGAUGAGCAAAACUCUUGAGAAGGUAUCUUUUCUGAACUUCAUUGGGUUUUUUCUUCUUCUUCUCCUUACGCCUUUGUUCCGCUUGAGCGGCGUCGGCGACCCAAGUCGAUUAGCCGAGGUCCUACCCUGAUAUCAGUGGACUGGCUCUAGUCACAUAUCCGUCCUUGUGUGCGACGGCUGGGGAUUAUGAAGCCGUGGUUUCCCACUAUCAACAUUUCUUAAACUCCUUGGUUGGGUCGGAGCGGGGAUCGAACUUGUGACCCUGUGGACCGUAGACAGGCACACAACCUGUUGCGCUACGGCGCGCCCUUUCUUUUGGGUUUUUUUUUUCAAAAAUUGAAAGUUUUGUUGAGGUUUAUUCAUAAAAAACUUUGGUCAACUUUUAAUAGGAAUUCGGAAAAAGCCAAAGAAUUUUUCAUUUUAUACCUUAUGGGAACUUUAGGAAGCUGUAGAUCUUUAGAAAAUUUUAUAUUUUAGAACUAGAAAAAUAAAUAAAAUAAAAAAAACUCUGAGAUCUCAUUGUCAAUUAUAAUGAUUAUUAGAAGAUAAAUGAGAAAUUCUUUUUGAAAUUUUUUUGGUGUUUAUCAGAAAAAAAUGAUUAUAGCUGAUUCACGGCUGGUUUGAGCCAUCGAAAAAAGGGUCCUGCCACGAAUAGAGACGAGGCAGUGCCUGGUUGGUGGAGAGUGCAGACAGGCCACGCCUUUUCGCGUCCCAAGCUAGCCGUGAAUCGUCUAUAAAUUCUUGUUUUAUUCAUGAAAAUAAUUGAUCGCCUUUAAAUAACAAUCGAAGAGGAAAAUUCAAUGAGUUUGACAUAUUUUUCCAAAAAAAUGUUUAUUUUUUUCAAGUCUCACGAUAACAUUACAGAACUUUAGAUCUUCAUAAAAAGUUAAGUUCUUUCGAAUUUUUUUGAGUGAUCUUUUUUUAGCGGCUGUGAGAUAUUUGAAAUACACGAAAUUAUUUUUUUGACUGAUUAAUUAUUUUUGUUUUUGCGUUGUCAACUGCAAAACUUUUUCUCAAUAUAUUUUUGAAAUGAUGGUUUGAUGCAGUAUGAUUUUUAUCCAUUUAUCAACUCUGAAGUGAAGUUGUUCCAAGCGAAUUUAUUUCUUUCAAAAAAAUAAAUUUAUCAUUCAUCCUGAGAGUUCCAAAAUCAUAAUCAAUACUUUUUGAGAAUAAAUAAACGCCGUUUGAAACGUACUUCAACCUGGUUUUUUUCUUUAUGAACGCUUAUAAAAAAAGCCGAAAAAAAGUUGGAAUUGAAAAAAAUUUGACUAUUUGUAGCUUCAUGAAUCUUUAAAUUACUUGGCGAAAAAAAUUUUUCUUUUUUUAAUCAACUUUGAUAUUUUUUUCUGGUGUGUAAAGACUUUUUUUCCAAGGUUUUUAUCUCGAAAAAUGUACGGAAAACCUUUUAAAAUCAUCUUGAAUGAACUUUUUAGGACGACAAUCUUGGGUUGAUAAAGCGGGUCAUCGAUGAGAUGCGGUACAAAAACUGUGAUAGGUGUCGCAAAGGUAAAAUUUUGCCAUUUUUUGAAUGAAAAAUGAAAAAAAUCUUUCCAGAUUUACUCAUCGAUCCCUCUCGCAGAAAUCAAAUCAUUGGCUCAUUUAAAAACGGACGAAGAGUCUUUAGCAAUUAUCAAGGUUUCCAAAAUUAAAUAUUGACCUUUUUUAAAUAUUCUUCCAGGAACUGGUCGCACAAAAACGGCUCAAUGUGAAAAUCGACGAAAAUAA